CACUCUCAUUGUAAGAAUCUGAUCAAGUACAGAGUAUAAAACUCCUCAUAUUCAAUCCGAACUUCAAACGUGUAGAGGUUGACUGAUAUAGAAGACACCAUGGUGGCCAUCAAAAUAUUCCUAUCACUGGCUCUAGUGUAUCUUUGUUCAGCAGCUGAACUUAAAUGCCGAACAUGCAUGGACAGUGAAGACCCCGGAUGUGACGUUAGUGAAGUAAUUUCUUGUUCUGAACAGACCGUGAAAGCAAUCUCAAACUUCUGUCCAGGUUUUAUUGAUAGAGCUAUGGUGGGACUUCCUUUUACAUGCUUGAAUGUAUACUAUAAUCCAGACCAAUAUACUCUUCGCAGAUAUCAAGGCUGUUUCCAUCGUUUUAAUGAUGGUUCAGAUAUGUGUACGGUACUGAAAGAAGUGUGUCCACAACAUAUCAUAUGUAGAAAUGGAACUGUCAGCACACAAGUAUCUCAUCACCAGAAACAAGCACCAUAUUGGAUAAAAAUAAAUUAAUAAUUGAUUGAAUGGAUGCAAUGUUUAUUAUUCACACCUAUCAUCUCACUGGAACUUUAAUACGUAAAUGGUAUCCAUAUAAUACCAGUACCAGUACACCAACUACAAGAAGUAUAUCGUACAAUACUUGGAGUCAUGCUACUAGAUUACUAGAACAUAUUAUGUGUCAUCUACUCACCUACAACCACUUCAAGUACCCCAAGUACUACUACUAAUUACAAUAACUAUAAUUAAAUUUAGAUUCAAAAUAUGUGAAAUAAAAAUUGGAAUGAGUUGAUAUUUCAUAACAUUGUAUUAUAUGGAAAACUUUGAAUUAUGUUUAGAUGUAAGGUGAAAAAUAAACAAAUAAAUAAAAUCAGAAGAGACAUAAAUGAC